AUGGCAUCAUCAUCAGACAAGGCAUGGAUGAAAAGUGAGGAUUUGAUAUACAUCUCUGUUGAAAGCACCAUUUCCUUGGCUUCAGUGGUGGGAAAUGUUCUUGUGAUUCUGGUAGUGGCUUUAAACCGGACUCUCAGGGAGCCUACAUUCUGCUUCAUUGUGUCUCUGGCCAUUGCUGACAUUGCCGUGGGUGCUCUAGUCAUACCGCUUGCCAUAGUUAUCAGCUUGGGUCUGGAAACUCCUUUUCAUACCUGCCUUUUCCUCUCCUGCCUGAUUGUUACCAUCACUCAGAGCUCCAUACUGUCCCUGUUGGCAAUCGCCAUUGACAGAUAUCUGCGAGUCAAAAUUCCGACCAGGUACUACAUCGUUGUGACUCAGCAGCGGGCAUGGGUAGCAGUGGGAGUGUGCUGGCUGCUCUCUUUUCUUAUUGGUUUUGUGCCCAUGUUUGGCUGGCAUAAAGAGAUACCUGGCAACAGCAGCAAUUCAUCACUUAUCAAGUGCAAAUUUACCUCAGUCAUCAGUAUGGACUACAUGGUGUACUUUAACUUCUUUGGCUGGGUGGUUGUACCUCUCAUCAUUAUGGCUGGGCUUUAUGCUGGGAUAUUCCAUACAAUCCACCGACAGCUAAACCACCGGGCCCAGGCGUCUACCGACUCCAGCAAAUACUUCCACAAAGAGCUGAAGCUAGCCAAGUCAUUAGCACUUGUCCUCUUUUUGUUUGCCCUCUGCUGGCUUCCACUCCAUAUUAUGAAUUGUGUGUCAAACUUUUGCCCCACAAGUUGCAUUCCAAAAACUGCUUUUUACGUGGGAAUUAUUAUGUCACAUGUCAACUCUGCCCUCAAUCCAAUGGUGUAUGCUUUUCGGAUCCAGCGUUUUAGGGACACGUUGAUUCAGAUUGGCCAGCGCUUUGUGCUCUGUAAACGUAACAGUCUCAGCUCUUGUCCAGGCGACCCUCCAGCAGAAAGUCCAUUAGCCACUGCUAACAUAGUAACAUCAGCUUUACCUAACAGCAAUGAACAAUAAGGUAAACUGUGGACUGUGGACACUUUAUGGAUUUUAUUUAAACAAAAUAUUUUUGUAAUGUGCCUUUACUAACUUAUGCAAUACCUUGAACUUAACUGGCUGCAUAUA